UGACAGGAUGUCGUAUUGCAUAAUGCAAAUAAUAUGUUAAUUUUCAAAUUUAAAUGUAAAAAUGUUAAUACAAAAAAGUGCACACAUAAAAUGAGAAAGAUAACAUUAUUUAAAUUCAUUCUUCCGUGUAUAGUUGUUUUCAAAGAGAUGAUGUUAGUUAAAUAUCAAUGGCUUUCAUUGCAUAAUUUGCAUACUUCUUAAAAUACGAUCUAUACAAGUAUAAUUUUCACAUGUACGCAUACCUUGGCUAGUAAAACACAUAUUUAAUAGCCUGUGAUACUGCAAAAUAUAAAUGAAGUUAAUAUAUCUAUUUUUAUAAAGAAAAGAAUCAAGAGUCAAAAGUACUGUAGAAAGAGGCAGGUGAAAAACACAUCCGGAUAUGAGUCAAUGGUUGUUGAAAAAGAAAAAGAAACAUUUAUCAAAGUCGACCAAAAUCGGGAAAACAGAUGUGAAACCCACCAUAGAACUACAUCCGCAUACAUUUAAACAAAAUAAAUCUUCAUUUUCUCAACAAAAAGGUCAAAUACAAUCAAGACAAUGCAACCAUAGAAAGGCAGACGAUAUUUAUGGAUUUCCAGUGAAAGACUGCAAGAUGGAAGGUAGAGACUCCCAAGGUCAAGGUGAUAAGAUUUAUAAUGAACCAUGGGAUAUUCAUUGUAACGUUUUAAAUAAUGAUCAAAUGUGUUGCAGUGUUUGUUUAUCAAAAGAAUUUUCGUAUUCAAAUGAUGGUAAGAGGACGAGAAAUACUUCUGUACUAGAAACAAGCGCAACAAAAUCAAAAUCGAAGCCAGGGAUUCGCGACAAAGUUAAAAAUAAAACACACAAAAAUGAACGUCCUGGAUAUUUAGAAGACAGUGACACCGGAUGUGAAUUUUCAAACAGCAGCGACGAAGAAAGUGAUUAUUAUGAGUUUUUAGAAAAUAUUGAGCGUAGAUUGAAAAUAGACAAUUCUAAUUGCAAUCCUGUAAUAAUGCCAAAAUGGGACUCGCCCUUUUAUGAAAAAGGCAAUCAAAGUCGGCCAGUCUUGAGAGGCAAUGGCUUCAACGCAAGAUGUGCCGAUGAUGUCAUAUAUAAUUCUGGAUCUGAUCACAGUAGUGGAUUUUUUGAAACAAACAGUACAACUUUAACAAAAUAUAAUAGUCCAAAUAAUGAUAUUGUGCCAAAAAUCACUAGCAAUACAGAGGACUUGGACAUAUUCUCUUUCCCAGUCGAUGAACCAGAAAAUAUAAGUCAAGAUUUGAAACCUGGCAAGAGAAAUCCUGGCAAAGUGUACCAGACAGGUUAUGGGUUUAAGGGAAACAGACUAUUAGGCGAUUUGAUACAAAUGAAUUAUGAAAAACAACAGCUACAUUGAUUUAAAAAAUUAGCCUUUAAAUUGUGAUAAGUGUUUGACAUUUCGUGGUUAUCUACAACAGACUUCCAUGACUGAUAUAAAACAAACAAAAUGAAAUAUCUGUGUGUUCCUUGUCGGAAGCUAAAAUAUAUAAAAUACCGAGUUUUACCGUCCGGUCUUGUUAGCGCUCUCAUGCCUAAACUUCUUGCUUGAUUCUAUAAAAUUUAUAGCAAAGGUCAAUAAUAGCAAUGUAUCUCAAAACUUCGAAUACCAGCGCUCGAUCGUCUUUCUUUUUUGGAGUUAUACCCCUUGGAAAUUAAAUAACAAGAAAAAUCGAAUAUAUUAAGCGCUACAUUUCUAGUUUUAUCUUCUUUUUUUAGUUAUAUCAAAAGUUUUAUCAGCAAAGUCUCGUACGAGAUAUUAAAAAUCAUUAUAUAUAACGAUUAGGACGAGUUCAAAAACCCAAGUGCCAAACAAUUGUUUUACGAGAGCCGUCCCUUUAUAACGUUAUAUGCAAGCAGGGGCAUCGAUCAUCUGUGUUCAAUUUUCAUUUAACUCAAUUUAUAUUUGAAAGGACAUUAAGAGGCAAAAUCAGUGCAAUUUAUGAAAGCGAAAGUACAAAAUGUACGGCGCUGACAACGGAGGAGGGAUAGGAAUGAAGCACUCAUUAACUCUAUAGGGGAACAGUCGAGGAAUAAAUGGUCAUAUUCAUCUGAGAAAAAAAAAACGAUAAAGGAACUAAUGGUUUAUAUUCUAUUUGCAUGAAAAUGUGUCGAUUACGAUUUACAGACAUAAAUUUGAAAGCCCAAGGACUUGGUCGGCAAUAUGUGCGGAAUGCGCUCUGAUGUCGUACAGCACCAGCAAUUCCCUACACGUCAGAGUAAUCUCGGACUAUAAAAAGCAUAUGCAAAAAUGAAAUGCGGUACGAUUUUACAUAAGACGACUAUCCGGCAGAGUUCGAAUGACAUUGAUAUAAGACCUUUAACUAUGAGAAAAACCUAAAACUAUAGUAAGUUUUAAAAGGCCCCGGCAUGACAAAAUGUGAAACAAUUUAAACGAGCAACCUAAGAUUUAUGCUAAAACAAUUAACGAAAAAUAAAAUACGACAGACAGCAACAACGGUAGCCACAGUGAUCGAUCUGCAGGCUCCUGACAACUUGUUAUCUGAAAUAUAAAUUGAAAUUUUUUAUUCAUUA